AUGCUGGCCGGAUUCCUAGGUUGGAUAUCACUUCUCUUCGAACCUCUCGCCGACGUCUAUAUCCCUCCCAUUCAGCCGCAAGAACGCCUCCGUCUCGAACACCGACCUUGGCACCAGAUUAUAACGGGGGUCUAUGGUCGCCCGCCCCUUUGGAAGAUUCAUGACCGCCAUGGUGACGUGAGCUGGAGCUUCCACCGCGACGACGUCACGCAACCACUCCCCCACGAUGUUCACAAAUGUCUCUAUGCUCACGCGAAUGAUGCCACCGAGGUCAAAUACAUGAAUAACGGCACUAGCGUCGGAGGCGUCUAUAGUGACCUUGCCGUUGUUAUGAACCACACGCCCGACAACCCAGCCACCGACAAAUUUUUUACUUUUACGCUUUGUAGAAGAAACGACGUCCUCUGGAAUGCGCAUACACUCGAACCACUCCCGGGCGAUCUACUCGCCGUGGGUACUACUGGUCAGCGAGCCUGGGACGGUAUUCUUGUCUAUAAUGCUAGCGCCGCCAACCCUCUUAUGGCAAACCCUCCGAUUCUUCAAAACAUCACCGGUCUGCGAGCUAUACACGGGUUGAUCUGGGAUGAGCAGGGUCAGAUGCUGUGGGCUGCUGGAACAGACGCCGCAGCGGACGGCAGCGAUCCGGUCCCUGCAUACGGGACUAUUGUUGGAUAUCCCUGGGACAGGGAAACGGGCCUACUGGUGAAGGAUGAUAGAUAUGUCUAUAAACUACCCGAGGCAAAACGGAUCGAGGCUGAAUGGGGCAAGGGAUACUCCUGGUGGGCAGGUUUGCAUGACCUAGUACCUAUCCCUAAUCAGCGGAAAUUCCUUGUGUCGGAAGACCGGGGUCUCCACGCGUUUGAUAUCGAGACAGGACAGUACACAGAACAUUAUGAGAAUGUCACCGAGAAAUACUUGCACGGGUUUGAGGUUACAACCGAAGGUCGCCACGGGUAUACUGACGGGGAGUGGGAGGAGCUGCCGCAGUCGGACCUGAAGAGUUUUAAUAUUGCACCCGACGGCAGUUUCAUAUACGUGCAGUCCUUAUGGACCAAGUUCCGUGGUUUCCACACGAGUUUGGUGAUUAACGGAAAGAGACGCAAGAUUAAUAUCGGUGAUGAGAUCUAUAGGUCGCGGUGGUUUGGAAAUCUCGAUGGCUGGCCUAAACCCUGA